GCGCCGCCCGCGGCUCGUGCCGAGCCUAACUGCGCUCGGCAUCCGCUCGUAGACGGUGCCCUUGAAAGCGGUGCCGAGGAGCUCCUCGUAGUUGACGCUGACGCACGGCGCGUGGCGGCAGCGGGCGCUGAUCUUGCAGGGGAGGCCGGUCUGGUUGAAGGUCGUGCAGAAGCCCAGCCCGUCGCGCGUCGCGAUCGCCUUGACCUUGCCCGCCGCGCGCGCGACCUCGACCUUGUUGUCGGCGAGGAGAGUCUGGAAGCCCCUCUUCUUGGCGACGCCGGCCGCUGCAGCGCGCCGAGCCUUGAGAGCCUGCGCCUCGCACAGCGUGCCGUGGACGAUGUCGGCGUUGGUCGACCCGAACGCGCGGCAGGAGGGGCGGAGCUUGUUGCCGAGGAUCUUGACGCACCCUACGUCGAGGCGGCGCAGGGGUCCAGACCGUGCCGCGCCGAAAAUUCUUUUUCUCACCGAACACCAAAAAGCGAGCCCCCAAAAGGACUCUCGACGAGCGUCUCGUGGCGGACCGACCUGCUCACGAAAAUACCACACAAAUGCACAUUCCCGGGCGCAGGAGCCCACCGUGCACGCGGCAGAGCCCGAGCGCCAAGGCUGACGUCGGCCUCGAAGCAUCGUGGAUGAGCGGCUACACCUCGCCCACGUCAUCCCUCAACUCCGCGGGCGCUGUGGCCACCGCCAACCCCGGCGGCACGUCAUCACUCAACCCCGGGCGGAGGCGGCGGCGCUGGCUGCUCUUCGGCUGCGGCGGCUCGAGCGCAGAGUCAGAGGGCUGGGAGUCCGUGCGGCAGCUGCCCAGUGCGGAGCCCGGGGCCGUGGGUGAGGCGCCGCUGCUCCCCGGUCUGGCUGCGCUGCUCAGCAAGCCGGGGGCGGCGGCGCUGCGGGCGCUCGGUGACAAGGGCGACGAGGGGACGGGUGCUCGCUCCUCGCUUCCGCUCGAGGGCGGCGCCGUGCUGCUGCACCACUGGCCGCUCGGCCUCGCGCUGACCUGCGUCGGCGGCGCCGUCGACGAGGUGGAGGUGUUUUGCGACCGCCACCCCUUCCAGCAGCGGCCGCCCGGCCGCCAGCUCCUUCCCGGCGUCUCAUUCGGCUCGUGUCGCGCCGCCGUCGAGGCUGCGCUCGGCCCCCCCAUCGGCGAGGGGUCGGGCUGCAAGGGGGGGUGGCUCUUCUACGGCCCGUGGCGGCUGCCCGGCCGCAAGAAGCGGGGCCUCGUGACGCUCGCCCUCUGGUUCGGGGAGGGGGCGGCCGGCGGCGGAGGCGGUCCUGAGGCCGGCGGCCCCGGCCGCAGGACAGAGCUCGAUCCGGAGAGCGGGGGAGGCGGCCGGAGGGCGCCGCCCGGGGCGGAAGCGGAGAGGGUGGGGGGCGCGUGCGAGAGCGGGGGCGGGCUGCAGGCGGUGCGGCUCCUCCGCUCCGACGACCGCUCCCUCUGGCGCUCGACGCACGCGGUGCGGGAGGCUUCCCUCCGGACGGCAGACGCGUGCAUCGCGGACGCGCAGCAGGGCGAGGCGGGGCGAGGCGAGGCCGAGGCGGGCGGGGCGGAGGAGGGGCCGCAGUGGCGGUGGCUGCGCAACCGGCGCUUCAACGCCGCGACGAACGCCGUCAUUCAGGUGGCUGGCCACUCGAACCUGUUCGAGCGCCUCUGCGAGUCGGUCAUCAUCAAGCAGAGCUCCACGCCCGAGAGAGCCGCGUACGAGGGCAUCUCAGCCACGCCCCUCGGCCCGUUCGUGCCACGCUGCCUCUGCGCCUGCCAGCGCGGGGAGGUGCAGCUGCUCUACAUUGAGGACCUGACUGCUCGCUACCGCCGACCGUGCGUCAUGGACGUCAAGGUUGGCACCCGCACAUUUCUCGAGGCGGACGCCGCCAGCACGCGCCGCCGCGUCGACCUCGCGCUCAAGAUGCUUGCCGUCGACCCCGCCGCCCUGAGCGAGGAGGAGGCUGCGGCGGGCGUCACAAAGAUGGAGAGGCAGCGCCGCUCGACGGAGCCCUCGUGCUCACGCACCGCGCGCCGUGGCAGCCGGGCAACUGCGAGGACGGCUACCUCACCGGCGUCGACUCGCUGCUCCACCUCCUCUCGCGCCCCGACCCGCUCGCGGCCCUCUCGGCGCGCCAGAGGGGCCUCGCAAAGUGGCGCGGAGCGGGCGUGAUGGUGCGGCAUCAGCUCAGCGUGCGACGCGCCAAGCAGGCCUAGCGCCUGCCUGGAGCCAGGCAGGAUAGGCACGAGGAGCGUACCCCAGCUCGCGCCUGCUGGCCCGCAUAUUGAGUGUUGAUUUCACCGCCUCCCUGGCGCCUCAUCGCCUCCCGUGCGCUUGCUUCUCGCCACGCGCGGCCCGAACUGCUGCCGCACAGAGAACGCGCCCCCCCGAACACAGAGAAACGCUGGGUUGCGAGAGAGCGGUCCGAAGAGGCCACGACGAACGCGACGAUCUGCAUAUCAUGAGCGAGUCAGAUUUGAAUAUAUUUUUGCAAUUUCGUAAUUCAAUUUGGUGGUGUGCUGACUCGGCUGUCCUUGUGAGUCCCUACAGUCCCUUCGGAGAGAGUACGUACGGGAGUUUGUGAUAAUAUCAAAUAUUUCUAUAAUGUCUAACAAAACAAACAUCUCUCUCUCUCUACGUCAGUAAUGUCUUAUGUGAUCAAAAACG